CGGAUGGUUGGUCAAAGAGCGCUUAUAAUAUUCACUCUUUUACACGCCGCAUGCUUUACUUUUAUUGUGUUAUUGUCGAGUUGAGUGAUAAAAGGGUUAACCUGUCACCUCGGGAGAGAGACUGGCGUGUCGAUCAAAAGAGAAAAAAAGGCACAAGCGUCUCAAUAUAUCAGUUGUGUAAAUUGCAUAGGUCAAGGCCGGCCAGGCAAAUCACCGAAGCUCAGAAAGUUUACAAAUACGCAAUGGCAAGUCGUCGACAGUUUGGGUUAUUUGAUAGUCAAGAAGUGUUCUUUCAUAUUAGUAGUGAAGAAUUCAUAUUGGACAGUGAUUCUGAGAAUGACAAUUUGGAUGCAACUGAUGUUUCUGAGGAAGAAGAUAUAUUUGGCCCGGCAACUGACGAUGAAGAGGACUCAGAAUGUACACCUAGCACUUCAGCCAGUACCUCAUCGCCACCGAUUCGAAGGCGUAGAAUUCUCACAACACGAAGAAGCAGGAAAAGUUAUCGCCUAUCAACUACUAGAUCUCGGAAAACUUACAAUUGGGAAAAGUCAUUCGCCGGAAGUUCUCCAUCGGCUUUCGGCGGUAAGCGGUCUGUGUCCAGUCGUCACUUAAAUAGCAGUUCGAGUGCACUUGACUGUUUUCUACAAUUUUUUAAUACGACUGUGAUUGAGUUCAUUGUUCAAAUGACCAAUCUCAAUGCUACUACAAAACUACAUGAGGAGUCCAUCAAAAACAACACCAAGGAGAAAGCUUGGAAGCACGUUGACGCGGAGGAGAUGUAUGCUUUCAUAGGAUUGGUCAUCCUUAUGGGAAUCAUACGUCUUCCAACAGUCGAUAUAUAUUGGCAGAAGAAAAAUUGGAUCCUAGAUGUACCGAGUUUUAAUGAAGUUAUGUCAAGAAAACGAUUUCGAGACAUUUGGCGUUAUUUACAUUUUUGCGACGAAACGUUGGCACCAAGUGCGGAAGACGCCAACAAAGACAAGUUGCAUAAAAUUCGAGGACUGCUAUCGCUCAUAUUGCCUUUAUUCCAAAACUCCUAUACCCCAGGUAAAGAAAUUUCUAUCACUGAAACCCUGAUUCCCUUCAAGGGUCAAAUCUGUUUUCGACAAGUUACAGAAUCUAAGCGAGCGCGUUUUGGAAUCAAGGUUUGGGCAUUAACCGAAUCCUCGACUGGAUAUGUAUCGAGAUUGCAAUUUUAUUCUGGUAAGAUCCAACCUCAAAUUCAGAACUAA